AUGGCGUCCUCUGCUCCGACCAUUGCUUUCCGCAGAAGCUGCGCGCAGUUUUCGAGCAAAUCUCAAAACCGAUCCCUAUCCUCGCAGUGCCUCCGCGUCAACUCCGUUUCAUCAACACAGUCAUCCAGGCGGCAGCAGCGAAGAUGGCAGAGUACAGACGCUGCAGCUGCAGCAGUCAAUCCCAAGAUUUCUGGCAUAGUGGACCAGAUUAGCACGUUGACGUUGCUCGAGACCGCAGACCUGGUUCAAAGCCUGAAGUGCCGUCUCAAUAUCCCCGACAUCUCGUUCGCUCCCCCAACCGCCGCCGGUGGCGUAGCCGCCCCCGCUGCUGCGGCAGAAGAAGACGAGCCCGCUGCGCCGGCUGCCGCUGAGAAGACGCUCUUCACCAUCAAGCUCGAGUCAUUUGAGGCAGCCUCAAAACCUAAGAUUAUCAAGGAAAUUAAGGGCAUGCUGGGACUUUCGUUGGUGGAUUCGAAGAAGUUUGUUGAGAGUGCGCCCAAGAUGCUCAAGGAAGGUAUCACUAAGGAGGACGCCGAGAAGAUCAAGACCACGCUUGAGGGUCUGGGAGGUAAGGUAUCGGUGGAUUAA